AUGUCCUCUCACUUCUCUACUAUCGCUCUGGCAAUGGCUGGCGUAACAAUCGCCGCCCCAUCUUACAGCUAUCCCUAUAGCGUCGGCGGUGUAUCUCUCAAGCAUCUCGUUGAGAGUGAUACCUGGGAUUUCACCUUCGAGUUGACAGCAAGAAGUCCCUCAGGCAAAGCACUGGGAUUUACUACCUGUCAUACUGCUUGGGUGACUGGAGCUGUAGCUGUGCCCCCAAAAGCCCCAGUAGCAUGUGAUGACACCCUUUACCAGUUCUUCUUUCUCACUGGUGCUUCUGAUGUCGAGAAUUACGACCUAGCUAUCCAAGGUCCUAUGGGCACCGGCGCAUCCACCCUCGUAUCCGGUAACAAGUAUCAAUGUGGCGCUUACGCUGGCCCUAUUGUUAACGUUGACGAGGAGUGCAAAACAGUCAACGGUGGAGAAUUCUAUGUGAAAGUCUGA